GUCUAAAUAAACUGAUUAUGAGCAGCUAAACCAACAGCUUUGAAUUAGCUUCUGGUUUACAUUCAUCAUGGAGGAGAGCAAGCUUUUUUUCAGCCUGGACCACCUUGAUGAAGGUCCCUCUGUUGUCUUUUCCAAAGACAAACCACAAACCCUGGAGUGUCAGCAUGAUGUCAGUGUAAGGAUGACUCUAGACCUGAACCAAAGCCCCCGCUCUCAACCCCUCUACCUGCCUCACUCUCCUUCAUCUCCAGGCUCUUUAUCUGAUUUGACAGCAUCAUCAGCAGACCUCCUCAUCUCCACCGGGUUGGUAAAAUCCUCCUCCACAGACUUGAAACCAAAGGAGAGCAGUACUCUGAGAGGUAAGCCUCUCCUCAGCCUGGUCAAGUCCUUCAGUACAGAGAUCUCGCGCCGGGGUGAGCCUGAGAACAAUCUCUCAAAGUCUGAUUCAAAGCUGCAUUUGCAUCCCUGGAAGCAGGUUACUCAUCCAAAGAUCCCGGAAUAUGGACCUGUAGCAGGGACGCUGAGCAAAACUGAGGACUUCGUAUGUCCUCUGUCCACCUGCAGCAUCUCUCCAUCAGAGCCACGAGGCAGCUCCCUGAUUGCUGAGCUGGAGGACACCAGGAGGAAGUUUUCAGAGGCCAUGCAGGAUCCAUUGAGCAUGCUGAGUAGGAUCAUGGGGGACGAGAGCUCUGGGAGCCCCAAACAUGGUAGAGGGUUUGGUACAGGAGAGACUCCAGCCUUCCAGUGUAGCAGUGAAAGAGACGGCAGCAGUGAUGAUCCAGAUCUGAGGUGUAGAAAAAGAACAGACAAUGAGAACCGAGCCGUGUGUGAUGCUCCACUCAAAAAACUCCAAAAAGAUAUACUGAUGCAAUCUUCAGUCUUCUCAAAACAAAACGCCCAAAACGGUGACAAGCAUCUUGAAAUCUGUACCUAUGGGGAUGUAAUCCAAGUGGGGGAGCCUCAGAAUAGAUCCACAGGGAAACUUCCUAGGACUUACCCCACAUCUCCAGCGUCUUUCACAGGAUCAUCAAUGCCUUUUUAUUGGCUCAUCCCAGUAAGUCUGCUGGCUUACGGGUUCUUUGUUCUCCCUCUGUCUCCAUAUUUAACUGGUCUGUCCAUGGGGAUUGCAUGUGGCUUUAUAUUAGGCUUGUUGGUGGUCUUCUGGUUUUCUCCUGGACAUACCCGCAGCAAACAGGGGGCUCAAAGGAGGUCCAAAACCAUGAAAGUGGAUCCAUCGGAUGAAAAGCGCAUGGAUACAGAGAUCAUUGAGAGCUGGAUGAAUGAGGCCCACAGCUACGACCCUGAUACCUUCCACCCUUCCAUGAUGCACUCAGUCUAUGUGACGCUGGAUGGCAAGCAGCUGCACCUUGCACACCCCCAUGCUAACAUCCCCCGGUGGGCAGCUUUUGAUGAGCCGAAUCACGAGGUCAUGUUUUCGAUCACCUGUACUUACCAGCUGGCUAACAGUAAGGUGUCUCUGGUCCCUCCCGGUUUAGCUCGUAAGAGAAUUUGGAACAAGAAGUACCCCAUCUGUAUCACUCUGGCUGAAGGAGAGCUGGGAGAGGAGAGCCUACCGGAAGGGCAAAAGGAGGAUGAAACAGUAGAAAACUCCACCAUUCCCAGCCAGCAGUCUCCUGCCACUCUGUAUCUGUUUGGCCGCACAGGAAGAGAGAAAGAGGAGUGGUUUCAACACCUUCUCUCGGCCUCGAAGGCUGCAGCCCAAAACCAACCAGAUGCAGAGGAAAAUGCAGAAGCUCAGAGUGGAGGAGAAGCUGUUAAGGAAGACACAGAAGAGAUGCCCGACUCGUCACUUAAAACAAGAACACUGUUGGACUACAGCAGCUACAUGAUGCAGCUGAUUGACUCAGAUCGAUCCAGUCCCACCACCGUCAGUGCUGACAAAGGAAGCCCCUCAGCUGGCAAAAAGAGCUCUGCUGAAGAUCAUGUUUCUGGGGGUGAAGCUGGAAGUGAUUGCAGAGGAGUAACCGAGUCGGGCGGGUGCUCCACAGAUGGCCAGCCCGCAUGGAUAAAUUCCUUGGUGGGGAGGAUUUUCUGGGACUUCCUCAGAGAGAAGUACUGGACCGAUCAGGUGGCUCACAAAAUCCAGAAGAAACUCAGCAAGAUUAAGCUGCCUUAUUUCAUGAAUGAGCUGACCCUGGCUGAUCUGGACAUGGGGAGCUGCCUUCCUCAGGUUUUAAGCAAAUCAAAACCUACAUUGGACCGUAGAGGUUUGUGGCUGGACCUGGAGCUGGUGUACACAGGCUGCCUUCAGAUGACCCUGGAGACUAAGAUGAACCUGGAUAAGCUGGGAAAAGAGGGAGAGGAAGAAGCUCACAUUUCUGAAAACCUGCAAAUGGGCUCUAAGCCUAAGCUGUGUAUAUUGGUAGACAGCGAUGAAGAGUCCUCCAGUGCUGCGUCUUCUGAUGAAGAGGAAACACCCCUAUCUGAUCCACAGAGUUCACUGGUUGAUAAGAAUGCUCCUAUAGGAGCUGAUGGGCAUGCAGGUGGUCGUAGAGGCAGGAAAAUCCUGAGAUUUGUGGACAAGAUAACAAAAUCCAAAUACUUCCAAAAGGCCACAGAAAAUGAGUACAUCAAGAAGAAAAUAGCUGAGGUCUCCAACAUGCCCCUAAUACUCAGUGUGGAAGUCCUGGAGCUUUCUGGAUCACUGACCAUCAACAUACCCCCUCCUCCUACUGAUAGGAUAUGGUACAGUUUCCGAGUGCCUCCAAGGUUAGACCUCUAUGUACGCCCCAUGCUGGGUGAGAGGGAAGUUACCUUCACUCAUGUGACAGAGUGGAUUGAGAAAAAACUGCAGUGUGAGUUCCAGAAAAUAUUCGUCAUGCCCAACAUGGAUGAUUUAUAUCUGCCCCUGAUGACAUCAGGCCUGGAAAACCCACCUGCAUCCCAUCGGUCCUCUGUGAUUUCCUCUUCCCACCAGUCUUCCAUGGAGUCACAGGAAUAUGUGUCAGAAUAGCGCCCCCUGUGGCUGCAGAGCUUGUUUUUUGUUGAACAAAGCAAGAUGUCUUGGAUCCGUUGUGAUGAAACUAUGACAAACUAUUCGCGUGCUGCAGCUUUAGCCAACUUUAAUGACCAUGUGAUUACGAAGGACAGAUUCCUUCUGAAACCACAAUGAACUCAAACUGUGAGCUUGGGAACGUCGGAAAUGUAGGGGCCUGUGAAUGAGGGGCCCCUACAGGGAAUUUAAUCACUGAUAUUAAAUUGACGACUUGCUACAUUGA